AAAUCAGUCUGUCCUGACUCAGCUCAACAGUCUCCAGUCUACCAACUGGUCUCUGUAAUAACUAUUUAAAUCAGUCUGUCCUGACUCAGCUCAACAGUCUCCAGUCUACCAACUGGUCUCUGUAACUUCAUCUUUGUCUCUGUGGUGUACAGUCUUCAGGUGAUGAUGGGGGUAUUGAAUCAUCUCUCUACUCUCCUCCUCCUCUCUCUCAUUCCUCCUGCUCUCGCUCAUGUAGUGGAGAGGUUUGAUCCAGAGUGCAAAGAGUUCUUCCUGGAGGGGACAACUCCAAAUCUCCCAGGUAUUUUGGUUGGUGGGAGAGUCCAGGAUCAAAACCGCUACAAGCCUAUUUGCCAGAAGUACAACAACACAUACAGGUUUGCAACUCUCUACGACACGACCAACAAGAUCCCUGUGUUCUCAGCCUACACCUUCACUGGUAAUAUAUUGGGUAGACCAAAACAGUCCUGGAUGAUCGAGCCUAAGCUUGGAGGUAUAGAUGUAGAAGAGAUGAAAACCCAACAUGAGGUGAAGAUGCUUAAUAAUAAGAUAGAUAUAGGAGUCGACCAUCAGGCUGUGGACGCAGACUACAGUGCAACAAUAAGUAGCAUGGAUCUGGACAGAGGUCACAUUUUCCCAUGUUCGCACACACCUGAUAAUGCUACCAUGAGGUCCACUUUCACCCUGACAAACGUCGUUCCCCAGGAAAAAGGCUUCAACCGAGGCAGAUGGUGUAAAGUAGAGUGUAAAGUCAGAAAAACUCUUGUCGAGAACUGCAAGGACGACAAGACAAAAGUCUAUGUGGUGACUGGAGCAGUGCCCAGCAGCAGCAACACACUGAACAACCGAGUGAACAUCCCUGAUCACCUGUGGACAGCCUACUGCUGUUACAACAGCACGAAGAACUGGACGGUCGGAGCAUACUGGGGGGAGAACAAAAACGACAAUGGGAAAAUAUUGAACCUGGAAACCUUGGGAGCACUCGAAGCCAAGUUGAAUAAAAGCUACAAUGGUAUUGUCAAGGUGUUUCACGAUAAUUGUCCAAGAAACGUUCAAGUACAACAGGGUAAAAAGAGGACCAGGAAAGGGAUGGCGAUAGCAUCAGAGAAGGAUUGUGAUGGCGAAUGUGAUGAAAAAUAGGGAAAAAGAGGAGCAGAAGCGGAGAGGGGGACGGAGAGGGGAACGGAGAGGGGAACAGAGAGGGGAACGGAGAGGGGAACAGAGAGGGGAACGGAGAGGGGAACGGAGAGGGG